CAUCUGGAGGGCCACAGCUACCCCACUCUGGGUCUGCACCGGCCCAGCUUUAGAAUCUGCCUCCCCACGCGCAUCCUUACCUUUCCGCUCCUAUUUCAUUGCAGCCCUCUCACUCAUUCCUCUUCCCUCUGCCUCAUCCUUCAUCCUGUCCCUUCACUUCGACCCAUAGCGUGCCCCUCUCUGACCCCCUCGUUCCCUCCCCCUAGAGUUCUCCCCGCUCUCUUCCGGCUAUGCACCCUCACUCCACACAGUGGGAAGCCUGAGAAAGUAUGCGUGUGCCUUUAAGAGCGUUCUCUUGCCGUCUCACGUGCAUGAUCAGCUGACAGUGACGCUACAGGGGAAACUCUCCGUGUUCCUGAAACAUCGGGCGCUGCAGUGGGUUGCGCGGGCGCCUGGCUGGGUUGGGUGCUGUUUUGCUUCUCUGCCAUCUCCUGGGUCUGACUGCAGAAGCUGCACUGCCACCGUUGCUGGGUGAUUGCUGUAACGGAGUGAAGAGGGGAGCGUGCCGAGACAGCGCUGGUGAAGCAGCGCUGCAGAGAUACCCUCGGAGAUCCAUCCCUUGCCCAUCCAACUAGUGAGACCCCUUGACCGAGAUCUCCCUGCUCCCUUUCCCCAGGAACCUUUCUGACAGCGGCAGCAGCUCCAUAGUUCCGGGGCUCCCUGAGAUUUUUCCUUUCCUAAAAACCUCCAGUUGCUGGGACGACAGCCACCUCUUAUCAGUCUCCAGACGCUUUCACCCUGCUUGAGAUUGCUUGAUAAGAAGCAGUACUCUGUGACCUGUUAACGCCUAAUCCUAGUUGUUAUUCUGUUUCAUGGAUUAUCUGUGUUUUCGAGCACUUUGCUGCAAAGGGCCUCCACCACCACGACCAGAGUAUGACUUGGUUUGCAUAGGUCUUACUGGCUCUGGCAAGACUAGUCUACUGUCACAGCUCUGCAGUGAAAACAAAGAUAAUAUAGUGUCAACAACAGGUUUUAGCAUAAAAGCGGUGCCAUUCCAGAAUGCCAUCUUGAAUGUAAAAGAACUUGGAGGAGCUGACAGUAUCAGGAAGUACUGGAGUCGUUACUACCAAGGAUCCCAAGGAGUAAUAUUUGUAUUAGACAGUGCCUCUUCAGAAGAUGAUUUGGAAAUUGCUAGAAAUGAACUGCACUCUGCGCUUCAGCAUCCACAGUUAUGCACUUUGCCAUUUUUAAUAUUGGCCAAUCAUCAAGAUAAACCAGCAGCUCGUUCAGUACAAGAGAUCAAAAAGUAUUUGGAACUUGAACCACUUGCACGAGGAAAACGCUGGAUACUUAAGCCUUGUUCCUUGGAUGAGAUGGAAGCAGUAAAAGACAGCUUCAGCCUGCUGAUAAAUUUAUUAGAAGACAGAGAUCUUGAACCUUCAAGAAUGUGAAGAAAACUAGGAUGGUUCUCAGAUAGCAGUGUACCUGUUCGUCUCACCUUUAGCUGAAUUAUGGUUUGGAAUAAAGAAGACUGUGUUAUAGCUUGCAAUAAAUAUAUUUUUGCAUUUA